AUGCAAGAUAGUAAACAAGAAUUGGCCGUUGUGAUGGGCCGCGAAGGCAAAGGGUCCACCGGCUUGAAAGGCAUCAUUGAGAACCCAUACGUAUUUGCCGUCGCUUUAUUUGCAUCGCUGGGCGGUGUGCUCUUUGGUUACGAUCAAGGUGUGAUUUCAGGCGUCCAAGAGAUGGAGACAUUCAAAGCCAAAUUCCCCAUGAAUCCUACAGAGAAUGGCUUCGUCGUUGCGAUUUUGGAAUUAGGUGCCUGGCUUGGAUCAAUUAUUGUUGGUUACUUUGCCGAUAAGAUUUCACGCAAGUACUCCAUUGUGAUGUUUUGUAUUGUUUUCCUCCUUGGAAGUGCUAUUCAAGGAGGUGCUCAGAAUAUUGGAUAUCUUUUUGGCGGUCGAUUUGUUACUGGUAUGGCAGUAGGUGCGUUGAGUAUGCUUGUGCCACUUUACCAAUCCGAGAUUGCACCUCCCAAUAUUCGUGGAUCACUUGUUUCAUUACAACAGCUUGCCAUCACUUUCGGUAUCCUUAUUUCCUUUUGGAUCGACUAUGGCACGCAAUACAUCCCCAACGAAGCACAAUGGCGAAUCCCACUCUUGUUGCAGCUGGCUAUUGGUCUUAUCCUUGGCAUUGGUAUCUUGUUCUUCCCCUUCUCACCACGUUGGCUGAUGACCGUUGGACGUGAAGAAGAAUCAUUACGAGUAUUAUCCAAGUUGCGAAGACUGCCUGUUGAUGAUGCUGCAGUGAUAUUCGAAUGGCGGGAAAUCAAGGCCACUGUUGAGUUUGAUCGUCGUGUGAAAGAAGAAACUUAUCCUGAUCUACUACAGCAAGGCCGAAAAGGCGCUAUCAAAGUAACUAUCAUGGGCUAUGUUGACCUAUUUCGUCAUGGCAUGUUCUUGCGGUUGUUCCUAGCUUGUGCUAUUAUGGUAUAUCAACAACUUACAGGGGUAAACGCGCUGAUUUACUAUGCUCCUCGCAUUUUCCAAUCCGUUGGAUUGACCGGCAACAGUGUUUCACUUCUAGCAACGGGUGUAGUUGGCAUUAUCAAUUUUGUCAUGACGCUGCCUGCUGUUCUCUUUCUUGACAAAUUUGGUCGCAAGCCCAUGUUGAUGACAGCUUCAGCGUUAAUGACAUGCUGCAUGGUGAUCAUCGCCACCCUUGUUGGUCUCUUUUCAGAUGAUUGGCCAAAUCAUACACGUGAAGGAUGGGUCGCUGUGGUGUUUGUAUAUAUCUUCAUUGCGAACUUUGCCUACUCCUGGGGUCCAAUUGGAUGGGUGUAUGCAUCUGAAAUCUUCCCGCUUCGUGCACGGGCCAAGGCCAUGUCCAUUAGUACAUCAGCCAAUUGGAUGUUUAACUUUGUUGUUGGCUUAAUCACUCCACCCAUGAUUGCAAACAUUGGAUAUGGGACGUAUAUAUUCUUUGGUGCAUUUUGCUUCCUCUCUUUCUUUUUCAUUUGGCUAUUUGUGCCUGAAACCAAGGGCCGUUCUUUGGAAGAAAUGGAUGCGAUAUUUGGUGGCAACACGGCUGCACACGAUGCAGCGCUCAUGGAUAGCGUCCAGCAAGAUGUAGCUCAACAAGAAAUUCCUGGUCUCUCCAAGACACCCAACAACAACGUGUAA